ACGCCGUUCUGCACCAUUGUCUUCACCUACUGAAAAACACACAGUAUCCUAAAAGGAAGAAGAAAUCAUGGAGGGAAAGGACGAGGAUGUCCGAUUGGGAGCCAAUAAGUUCACCGAGAGGCAGCCCAUUGGGACGGCGGCGCAGAGCCAAGACGAUGCCAAGGACUACAAAGAGCCACCACCGGCUCCUCUCUUCGAGCCAGAGGAGCUCACUUCAUGGUCUUUUUACAGAGCAGGAAUCGCCGAGUUUUUCGCUACUUUUCUCUUUCUUUACAUCACCGUUUUGACUGUCAUGGGUGUCGUCCGGUCCAAGGAAGCGGAUGGUAAUACCUGUAAGACAGUCGGGAUUCAGGGGAUCGCUUGGGCUUUCGGUGGUAUGAUUUUUGCUCUCGUUUACUGUACUGCUGGAAUCUCCGGUGGCCACAUUAACCCAGCGGUCACUUUUGGGUUGUUCCUGGCAAGGAAAUUGUCGUUGACUAGGGCGAUUUUCUACAUGGUCAUGCAAUGCCUUGGUGCUAUCUGCGGCGCGGGAGUGGUGAAGGGGUUCCAACCCAAGCCCUACGAAAGGCUCGGGGGUGGAGCUAACGUUGUGAGCGACGGUUACUCCAAAGGGGAUGGCCUUGGCGCUGAGAUCGUGGGUACUUUCAUUCUUGUUUACACCGUCUUCUCCGCCACUGAUGCUAAACGUAGCGCCAGAGACUCACACGUUCCGAUAUUGGCGCCGCUACCGAUUGGGUUUGCAGUGUUCUUAGUCCACUUGGCGACAAUUCCGAUCACCGGCACCGGCAUCAACCCAGCUCGGAGUUUGGGAGCAGCCAUCAUCUUCAACAAGGACAAAGCGUGGGAUGAUCAUUGGAUAUUCUGGGUUGGACCAUUCAUCGGAGCAGCAUUGGCAGCUUUAUACCAUCAAGUUGUGAUUAGAGCCAUUCCCUUCAAGUCCAAGUGAAUUACAUCGAAGAAUUUUCAAUCCAAUGUUUGAAUUUUAUGAAUUUGUAUGCAUCUUUUUGUAUGAAAAUCAAGUGUUAAUUUAAUGGAGUGAAGUGUUGUUGAUUUGUGUAAAUUCUUCCAACGUUAAUAAAAUGGGGUUUUUCUUUUUGCUCUUUCA